UAUCAUAAAGUCAAGGAGAUUCACUCAAUAUUCUUCUACUUAUUUAUCAUAGACACAGAAUUAGUGUUCAAAAACUAUCAAUGUGAAAUGAUAAGGAAUUAGGAAUGUGUUAAAGUCUUAAUAAGGACCAGAAUAACAUUUAUGUAUUAUAUAAACAUAGAUGAAAUAUUAAAUGUCACAUAAAUGAGGACGUGUUCAAGAGUGUGAGGCUGGUUUAUAGGAGGGUCAGACGCUGUCGGGGGAGGACUCAGGUUCAGUUUAACAGAGGACUUCUGCUGGAUAGUGCUAUAGUUCAGACGAGGACAAUGUUUUCUAUCUUUCUUUUGUUCUGUUUGGGCUGGUGGCGUCUGAUUGGUGUGUUUUGUGACUCAUUAUCAGUAACAGAGGGAGAUUCUGUCACUCUAAACUCUAAUGUUACUAAAAUACAUGACGAUUACAUUGUGUGGAGGUUUGGAGCUGAAAAGACUCUAAUAGCUCAAAUCAGAAUAGAGGAUGGACUCUUCAGCAAAUAUGAUGUUCCUGACGGGAGAUUCAGAGACAGACUGAAGCUGGACGAUCAAACUGGAUCUCUGAUCAUCACAAACAUCACAACUGAACACUCUGGAGUUUAUCAACUAAUGAUUGAUGGAGCAAAAUCAACAUCACAAACAUUCAGCGUUUCUGUCUAUGCUCGUCUGUCUGUUCCUGUCAUCAGCAGUAACUCUUCACAAUGUUCUUCAUCAUCCUCCUCAUCCUCGCAGCAGAAUUGUUCAUUGGUGUGUUCAGUGGUGAAUGUGGGUCAUGUGACUCUCUCCUGGUACAAAGGAAACAGUUUAUUGUCCAGCAUCAGUGUGUCUGAUCUCAGCAUCAGUCUCUCUCUACCUCUGGAGGUGGAAUAUCAGGAUAAAAACAGCUACAGCUGUGUGCUCAACAAUCCCAUCAGCAACCAGACUCAACAUCUGAACAUCACUCAGCUCUGUCACACAUGUUCAGAAGUCCCUGUCCAUUGUUGUGGUACUGUCGAAGCUGUGAUCCGAUUGGUCGUCACUGCUCUGGUGGGCGUGGCUACUGCAGCUGCUGUUGUGCUUUUGGUCAAUGACAUCAGAUCUACAAGAGGUGAAAAGAAGAAAACAGAACAAACUCAAUAAUGUAAAAUGAGAAUAUCAUCUAUAUAAUCAGUUUAAAUUCUGGAUGAGAUCAGUGAAUCAGGUCACUAUGUGAUGAUUAUGUCAUUAUCAAAACAUAAUUAACAAUACCUGAUUUUCUGGUAGCAACUAAAAGCAAACACUCACCAUCAUAACAGUGAUGAAACAUUUUCAAUAAAACAUUAACAUCUAAACCUGUUCAUUCAAGAGCUUUUGUAGACGAGUGAAAGAAAUCAAUUCAAACUGGUUUGUAAGUGAAGUUGCUAAUGCUGUUUCUUCAUCUUCUGUUGAGAUCUUGAGAGGUUUAGCGUCUUCAGUCGGGUCUUAAUGGUUAGAGAGUGUGUGGGUGCUCUGUGUGUGUGUGUGACCACUUCUCACUGCUGUGUGUGUGUGUGU